AGCCGCAGAUCAGUGACUAGUGAGACGCUGGAUCGAUCGCACGCAUCCCGGAAUUGAAUCGAUCAUUCAACAUGAGCUUCAGUCUGAGCUUCCGGCCUCCAGUUCGCCUGCUGGUGGACUUGGUCCUUUUGGGCCUUCUACUCGUCCUGGUGGAAAACUUUGGUCGCUUCUGGGGACUUCCCACCAAGCGGGGCUUCUUCUGCGACGACGAGUCCUUGAUGUAUCCGUACCACGAGAACACAGUGAGCCCCACCCUUCUCCACUGGCUUGGACUGUACCUGCCACUGAUCGGUCUAAUCAUCCUGGAGAGCUUUCUCUGCUACCGCGGAGACAGGUCCCACUGGAAGUUUCUAUGGCCGGUUUACAACACGGUGCGCUGGUUCCUCUACGGCUACGUUUUCAACGACCUGAUCAAGAGCAUAGGCAAGCACACAAUAGGGCGACUGAGGCCCCACUUCUUCGCAGUGUGCAUGCCACAUUUCCAGGACGGAGGCAGUUGCUCGGAUGCGGCGUACCAGGGGGUUAAGAAAUACUUCACGGACUACGACUGCCGGCCUGAUCUUUCGGGAGCCACCGAGGACAUGAUCCGUGACGUCAACGUGUCCUUUCCCAGCGGCCAUUCCGCCAUGUCCUUCUACGGCCUGGUUUUCGUGGCCCUGCACCUGCGACACCGCCGCUGGCCCCUGCCAGGAUCCUUGCUGAGUCCCGUGCUCCAGCUGGCCUGCGUGGCUCUGGCCUGGUUCGUGGCCCUCAGCCGGGUCAUGGACUACAAGCACCACUGGUCGGAUGUUGCGGCCGGAUCGCUGCUGGGUGCCGGCACUGCCUUUGCGGUUGUCCAGGCUGCCGUGCUGGAGGAGCGGCAAAGGAGGUGCCAGGAGGCACAGUCACUGGUACAGGGACAGCCAAGUGUGAAUGCAAAGCAGGAGGCUGCGGUGGCAGCCGCAGAGGGAGCUGCAGCCAAGGGUGGCCAGCAGCUGGCGCAUGAUUUGUGUCUGGUUUCGUGCCAGAGCUCUAAUUAGUCGGGGCCGCUUUUUGGCCCCCGGCACUGAUAGUUUAAGGUUGACAAUAAAGCUAGUGACAAG